AUGAUGCCUUCCUUACCGGAUAAUAACUCGAUGGCCCGUUUACCGGUGGGCACGGUGAAGUGGUACGAGUCGACAUAUCGGACGGCCCGGUUAGACUCGACGAUCCAGCCCGGGAGAGAGGAGGUGUCGCCGUCGAGAUUGGUGGGGAGGAGGACACCGAGAGACUCGUUUCUGAACAUCCACGGGCCUUCUUCAAAGCACAAACAGCUUCUUGAUAGCUACGUCGUCGAUGACGGGCCCGCAGGCGGGGUCGUCCUCCAUGCCGGUGUUCCGGAAGACCACGCGCGCGUCCUCCGACUGGGCCCUGAACGCCCACGCGUACGAAUCCCAGCCCUUCACGCUGUACACGGUCUGCAGAUCUAUGGCCUGCGACGCGGGGGGGACGGAGACGUUGAGCGACUCGAGCUGGGCGCAGGUUCGGGCGGCGCUGAACGUGACGGAGUAGGUCGCGCCCUUCUCCACCUUCACCUCCUGGCUGAUCUCGGCGUCGUUGCCCAGGCGCACGGCGUGCUCCCCCUGCGGCACGAUGAGGAUCAUCGCGCCCUGCCGCUGGCCCGCCGACACCAGCUCCACCAUACCGUCGGUUUUCCAGCCGGGGACGGAGAUGGGGGUGUCGGAGAUCGAGGCGUCCGCCGGGAAGCCUCCCGAGGGAGGGGUCUCGAAAUCGCCAUUGACGAGUGA